AUGACACCUGAAGAGGGAGAAGCAGCCGGGCAUGGAGAGAGAGCGGAGGAGAACGGAGAUGUGGUGGUAGGAGAUGGAGUUGAAAGAAGGUCCCUUCGGUUGGAGAACGGGACAUCAUCGCGGAGGAAAUCAUAUGCGGAAGCGGUCGAGUCUGGGCAAUCAUCACCGAGUAGCGCGUCACGGAGUGAAGGUGAUGGUGAGGUUGUUGAUGUCUACGAAGCGCGAACAGUAGGCCUCGGAGAUGGAGGGUCAUAUGGGGGGACGCCGCGGAAGGGGAGGCAUAGGAUAAGGGUGCGGCUGGAUUACGCGCUGCAAGCGUCAUCGACGAUGGAGGACGUGUCGACGAGCUGGAGCGCGUUGCGAGCGCACACGGAAUAUUGGAGCAAUCGGGAUGCGAUGCUGCUGAUGGUGUCACAAAUGAUGAAGAGCUCGUUUGGAAUAGGAGACGGGUGGGAGCCUGAGGACGGGGAGUUGACGAUAAUAGACGCGGACAUUCUCAAGCGACAGGAAAAAAUGUGGGGAGUACGCGGGUUUGCUCCGGAGGGGGCAAGGGUGGGACGGACGGAGGAGACGCUGGAAGAGGUGGUUCGACAAAUGGUGGAGAAGAUGCGGCGGAUGGGCUUCUUACCUGCGGAGUGGGUGGUUUGGCAGUGAUAACAAGGAGGGAUAGAGUGGCCUGCCUGCUGACGUCGUAUAUAGUGUAGUUGGAACUGGAGGAGGAUGUUAGGAGGUAGAAUGCAUAUACUAAUUUGCUAAUUUGAACGGUAAAAGGAUGCCGGUACUUUUGAAACUCAAGGCGUCUAUUAGUACUGCGUACGGUGGCAGUACGUACAUUGGCGUAUUGGGCGCUCUUUUGAUACAUGAUGCUGGAGUGAGGCGCCACUUUUGAUCCUUCGGAUAUAAGAAGACAGACCUCGGGAAGAUCGCGGGGCUUCAACGGCAUUGAAGUUCUCUUACGCACUUACAUGUCCUUCAAUUCCUUACACUACUUUACAGUGGCAGGUGACAAGCAGAGUGCACGUUGAGUGGCUGGUGCUUCUCUCGCCACAAUGGCAUCUGCUUCAGAUUGGCUCUCAUCUGACCAAUUCCUUUCACACUGAGAUAAAUCUGACAUCCAAGGACUUUUACUUGUUUACCAUUUGCCAACCAAUCUCUAUAUCCACAAUGAAAUAGCAAUUCGCCUACCUUCCAGCCCGUCCCGUCCCCCUCACUACUCGUCCCCCCACCCCCUCCCCCCGACCCCACUCUAUUGCUCCCUUCGAGUUCCCCAUCUACUGAGAACCUUUACUCAAGCCAGCGGGUCCACACGCCCCCUGCGCUGUCCCCCCACAGCCGCUCCCCCUCUCCUCCUCCCACCAUGCCUGCCCCAGACACCAAGCCGUCGAACGGCGGCGGUACGACCGGCACCACCCUGACCCAGUAUCUGCUCUCUGUCGCGAAGGAGCGUAUCAACGCUCUAGAAGGCGAGGUUCGUCACUCGGCUCCCUCGUCCCUCUCCGGCCCGGCAGCCGCCUCGAAAGAUGGCGUGCAAGACCUCAUCACCCUUCUCCAGUCCAUCACACUGGCCGUCAAGCGCGUUGAAGCCCUUGUACGCUCGGCUGGCAUUCCUGGCGACGGUAACGUCUCCGCCCCGCCCGCUGCCCCUGCAGAUCAUGCCCGCUCGCUCUCCAAGGAGCUCAACACUCGCGCCAACGAGAUUUGGAUCAACGCCCUGCUCUACAGCCAGAAGAGCUGCGUCCUCGUCAGCGAGGAGCUCCCGGACCCCGUCAUUAUUCAGGAGGAUAUGCAAGGGAAAUAUGCUGUCGUCUUUGAUCCGCUCACGGGCUUGUCGGAUCCGCCGGCUCAGAACAUGGGCGCCAUUUUUGGCAUCUUUCGACAGCUCACCGGUACUACUCCGGGCUUGGCCGACGUUAUGCAACCGGCUAGAAAUUUGGUCGCUGCUGGAUAUGCGCUCUAUGGCUCUUGCACCGUUCUUAUGUUUUCUGUGGGCCAUGGCGUUCAACAGUUUACUCUGGAUCCGAGUUUGAACGAGUUUAUUCUAACCACAAAGGAUGUCACAAUUCCUUUCUCGGGUGCUAUUUACUCGAUCAAUGAAGGCUAUACAUCUGAGUACGACCGGGAGACCCAGGAAAUGCUCAAGUGUCUAAAGGCUGAGAGUACCAUUGAUGGACGUCCAAGAACAUGCAGGUAUGUUGGCUCCAUGGUCGCCGACAUACAUCGCACUUUUCUGAAGGGCGGUAUCUUCAUGUACCCGCCACACACGCGCGGUUUCCCGAACGGCAGACUCAAG